CCACAUCUUAGGUGUCUGCCAAUGCCAACACUUGCUUCUAGUAGCAUGUUGUCUGCGAGAUCCUAAGCUUCUUUCAAUUGGCCUGCACGGCCAAGGAGAUCAACCAUGAAAACUUAGUGAUUCAUUUUCGAUUUGUUUUUUUAAUUUUCAUUAUGCUCAAAGUCGUCCAUAGUAUCUUAUUCUUUGGCACGGUCUGAUCAAAUACUUUUCUUGCUACUAGUAAAUCCCAUUGUUUAAACAAGAACAUCCAUUUGUAAUCAACAAAGCCUAGAUCUGGGUUCCUUCACAAACUUCUCCAAGACCACUGCAUGCUUUCAGUGUCAGAACUAAAUACUUUCUCAUACAUAAUCUUAUGUGUUCAUUGCCCAACAUGAAGAUUAGAACUAAAACCCAUCUUGUCGACACUUUCAGCAUCAAAUCCUUCGAACAACUCCUGAGGAGCUUCUGCGAUCCUUUGCAGCUCCGUUUUGCUCGGUAUGAAACUCCCCACUUGGGCUAUCAGAGAAUUGGAAAAUCGAAUCAUGCCGGCGUUGAGAAACUGCACCAAUAUGGAAGAAUUGAGGCAACUCCACGCUCACAUUCUGGUCUUUUCCCUUUCUCAAAGCAACUUCCUUGGAACUCAAAUCAUAAAUAUUUGCAAUAGCAAUCGAAGGGUAGACUAUGCUGCUCUAGUCUUCAACCAAGUGGAGGAACCAAAUCUGUUCCUCUACAAUGCCAUGAUCAAAGCGUGCACCCAAAACCAGCAUUGCUCUGAAGCAAUCAGCCUCUACAAACAGAUGUUGAAUCGUCGACACGCCCAAAAUUCAGUUCUUGCUGAUAGAUUUACCUAUCCAUUUGUACUGAAAGCUUGUGCCGGUCUACUUCUCCUUGUUCUUGGCAAGCUGGUUCAUGUCCAUAUAUUUAGAUCCGGGCUGACCUCUAACUCUAUAAUUCAGAAUUCGCUGAUGGAGAUGUACGCAAAAUGUGAUGAUUUAGUCGAUGCACGCAGAGUGUUUGAUGAAAUGGAGGACAGAGAUGCGGUCUCAUGGAAUACACUCAUCUCGGCGCAUGCUAGGCUGGGGCAAAUGAGGAAAGCUAGAGCUUUAUUUAACUCGAUGCCUAGUAGAACAGUGGUUUCUUGGACUGCAUUGAUCUCUGGGUACACCAUGGCUGCUCAGUUCUUUGAUGCGGUGGAGGUAUUUCAUCGCAUGCAAUUGGAAGGCUUCGAGCCUGAUGAUAUUAGUAUUGUAUCAGUUUUGCCUGCUUGUGCUCAGCUAGGGGCUCUGGAGCUGGGCAGAUGGAUCCACGCCUGCUGUGAUAAGCAUGAACUGCUUCAAAAGAGCUUCAUUUGUAAUGCUCUUAUAGAAAUGUAUGCCAAAUGUGGGAGCAUCGAUCAGGCUCUUCGAUUGUUUGAGGAAAUGAAAGACAGGGAUGUGAUCUCAUGGAGCACGAUGAUCGGAGGUCUCGCAUUACACGGGCGAGCUCACAAAGCAAUCGAACUGUUUGUGGAAAUGGAGAAAGAUGAAACAGUGAGGCCAAAUGGCAUUACAUUUAUUGGUCUCCUAUCUGCUUGUUCUCAUGCUGGUUUGUUGGAUGAGGGGUUCAGGUACUUUGAUUCGAUGAAAGAGGUCUAUGGUAUUGAUCCUGGUGUCGAGCAUUAUGGGUGCAUGGUGGAUCUUCUCGGUCGUUCAGGCUGCAUUGAUCGUGCAGUAGAAUUUAUCGAGAGCAUGCCUGUUCCACCGGAUGCGGCUGUCUGGGGGUCUUUGCUCAGUGCUUGCAGAACUCAUGGUAAUAUUGGGACAGCUGUGAAGGCAAUGGAAUGGCUCGUUGAGCUCGAGCCAGACGACAUUGGGAACUAUGUCAUGCUUUCGAAUAUAUAUGCAGCAGCCGGGAGAUGGGAUGGUGUUGCAAAGAUGAGGAGAGUGAUAAGGAGCAAGAGCUUGAAGAAGACACCAGGGUGCAGCUUGAUAGAGGUGAACAAUGUGGUUCAGGAGUUUGUAGCUGGAGAUGAUUCGAACCUGCAGUUUGGUGAGAUAUCAGGGAUGCUAUACUUGUUGGCCUCCCAGCUUGGCCAUUAUGGAUAUCAGAGAACAAUGGAAUCUAAAGAAUAAGCAAAGCUUACAGAUUCAUCUCACAAGCUCGGCAACGAUAUUUGUUUUGCUCAGUAAAUAACGCAAAGCUCGAAGACGAGACAGAAGAGGUAAAAGAAAUUCCUCAAACAAGUGACUACACUUAAACUGCAUCUCACUAUACUUUUGCUUGCAUGUAUGUCAUUGGCAAAACAAAAUUGCAGUAGUCAAUUGAUACCAUGAUGCUUUAUGAAGAUUUUUUCUAUAGAAGAAACCAUGAUACGCCAUAUUGAUCCGAACCGGACGGUACGCCGUAUCAUAUCUAUUUGGUACCGAUACCCUGGUACAUAUGGUAUACCGAUAUUCGGUACGCUAAAAAAAAUUUCGUACCAUACCGUACUGAUACUAUGCUAGUAUGGCACCAGUAUGAAUCCGGUACCGAGACAACGAACCUCAGAAGAAACGAUAUUAAACUGACCUUAAAUGCUGAGAAAAAUAUUUGAUGAGAAAGCAUAAUUUCUAAAAGUUACGUGUCAUGAUUUUUGUCCUGGAUGCAGCAGAUCUUGAUAGCAAACCUUACCUAGACCUACCUGGUGGCUAAACUAAUCCACAAUGGAUUCAGUGAUCCUUCUUGAUCAUUAACAUGCCAUGGUUUUUAGUGUUUUCCAGCAACAAGUAGAAGGUGGCCCUGGUGAAAUCAUCCAACAUACUUUUUAUUAUUGUUGAUCAUAAUGAUGGAUGAAAACAAAAAAUAAAUGCUCUAAUUUGGUUGAACCUUUCACAUUAGUUAUUCUGAAUGCUUGAUUUGCACUCGGGGAACACAUGGACUGUGCACUGAACCCAUAGCGAGAAUCGCUUUUAGGUUAAAAACAUGACCUGUGAGUUCUUUAUCAUUGUUCAUCACAGUAAUGGAUCAAAAUAAAAAAAACAUAAACACUCUAAUGGUUGAAGUUUUUGCAUUAGUUACUGACAAUGAAGCAUCAUGCGAAACUUAUGGCUAUGCGCUGAACAACACAGUAAAGAUCACUUUGAAGUUAAAAUCCUAAAGAAAAAUGUCUUUGCAAUUACAGAUAAAUACAAAAUAUACAAUGUCUGCAAAUAUACUAACAGAUUCAUCUUACAUACAACUUAUACAGUGACAGAAUUCCAGGAUCAGCGGAUCUUCAGAAAGCUGGAUCCAACCUUAUGGCUAGGAUAGAGCCAAUGCUUCGUUUCAGCUGGAGUAGGGGGAUGAAGAGGAGAAUGAACUGUACUUGUUUGAUUUUGAAAAUGAUGAAAUGGCCAGGUACUAAGUUACAUCUUUGACAGAGUAGCCUGCAUGCUUGAAACCAGGAGCAUACUAUUGAAGAAACCCUUCAAUUGAAGCUGGAGAAUAUCCUUCCGUAAAAAGAAUGCAAUGUUGAAGCUUCAUCAAUCUCCAACACAAGAUAAACUGAAGUGUGGAAAGCAACUGAUGGAAGCAUUCAAUUUCAUGAUCGGUGCUGCCUCAUGUUGUCAGGCAUUGCCAGCAGGACUGAUGGUAAGCUUCAAAUUUUUUGAAGGCUGGACCACAAUAAGCUAAAUGCAGAGAUCCAAAGGGCAUGCCAAAGUCCAAAGAUAAAAAA